AUUCAACCAAUCCACUAACUCCCGGUUUCUACUAGAGCAGGAAAUUCCAAUUUAGGAUCUGACGGGAGUGACUCAUCUGACCAAAAGUCUCACAUGGACCAGACAAUGCUACCCUACAGUUAUGCAGAGACCACACUGCCCCCUAGCUAUUACGAUUCUGGCACUCAACUCAACACGGCCGAUGGUGCAGCUACCAACAGUCCAGACCAGGGGCCUCCGAGUGAAUCCCCGAAGGGGAGCCGGUCUGUGGCUUUCGACGAGAGAGUGGACUACAGGAAGAGAAGCAGCACCGUAGAUGAGGAGCCCUCAAACAGCAAUUUCGACAGCACAAACAUGUCUGGCAGUGAAGAUCCAACCGAUGAGCAUGAAGAUCAAACAGCUGUGAGUGAUAGGAGUACGCAGGAGGAGAGAGUGGCCGAGGAGCAGGAUGGGUAUCUGAGGGCAUCUAGCAGUGUCACAGGGACCCAGUUGACAUCCACCUCCCCCAAUUCACCACAUUAA